AUGUUUGACUACAUUUACCGUCUUUUGACUAGGUUAUCGGGAGGAAAGUCGCGCAAGGAGGAAACAGCUAUGGUCCCAGACGAAGUCCGCCUCCACAUCAUCAUAGUCGGCGCAGGCCUCAGCGGCCUCGCGACGGCUAUAUCCUGCGCUACAUCAGGUCAUACAGUCGAGGUUAUUGAGCAAGCCAAGGAGCUCGCCGAGGUCGGAGCAGGCCUCCAAAUAACCCCCAACGCUUCCCGCCUUUUCCACCACUGGCGCCUUCCAUCAUCGCUCUGGCAAUCCGCCGCCGAACCAACAGCUUUAACCGUCCACAAAUACACCGGCCAAAUCCUCGCCCACGAAGACCAAUUCCACACCAACAUCCGCACAAAGUACCAAGCCCCCUUCAUCGACCUCCACCGCGUCGACCUCCAACAGGCGCUCUUUGCCCGCGCGCAAGAGCUCGGCGUGAAAUUCCACCUCAACGAACGGGUCGACCGGCUCGAUUUCGACGCCACCACUGUCUACACGCUCUCCGGGAAAACGUACCGUGGCAAUCUCAUCGUCGCAGCGGACGGGCUCUGGUCGAAAUGUCGGGAGUGCUACGAGGGGAGGAAGGACGAUCCUCUACCGACAGGCGAUUUGGCGUAUCGGAUUGUGCUCAGGGCGGAGGAGAUCACGGACCCGAAACUGCGGGCUUGGGUUGAGAACCCAGAGUGUCAUUUCUGGGUUGGGCCCGGGGCACAUGCCGUAGCUUAUUCGUUGCGUGGAGGUAGGAUGUUUAAUAUUGUGCUUCUUGUGCCGGAUAAUCUGCCCCCCGGGGUGUCGAGGCAGGAGGGAAGUGUGGAGGAGAUGAAGGCGCUUUUUGAGGGGUGGGAUCCUGUGUUGAAUCAAUUCCUCAGUUAUGUCGACACUGUCGACAAAUGGAAGCUGAUGCAUCACGGUGAAAUGGAAUCCUGGAUUAAUGACAAAUCCAACCUCGUCUUCAUCGGCGACUCCUGUCACCCAAUGCUUCCCUACCUAGCUCAAGGCGCAAACUCAUCUCUCGAGGACGGUGCCGUCCUCGGCGGCCUUCUAGGCCACUUGAAGAGUAAAUCACAGCUCCCGGAGGUUCUCCGCCUAUACGAGAGCUUGAGAAAGUCAAGAGGCGAGGCGAUUGUUAAGGAGACGUUUAAGCAGAGAAACGAUUUCCACAUGUACAACGGACCCGAGCAGGAAACGAGAGAUGAGAUUUUCUUGUCGCAGUUGGGGAAGGAGAUUAAAGGAGCGUUUCCUAGUCGAUGGACGUGUCCUGAGGUGCAGCCCUGGUUGUAUGGGUACGAUGCGCUGCAGGAGGUGGAGAAGGCUGUGGGGCAGAAUCCGGAGUUGUUUUCGAAGAAGAAGGCGAAUCUAUAG